CGCAGAAGAGAAACGAGAGAAGACAGAUAGAGAAAGAGAGAGAGAAGCAAAGACCUUUUUAUAAAGAAAUCCCAAAGAACACUAGUUUUUGUAUCUGUAGAGAGGUGUGGUGUAAUGGGGAAGAAGAAGUGUGAGUUAUGUAAUGGUGUAGCGAGAAUGUAUUGUGAAUCAGAUGACGCGAGUUUGUGUUGGGAUUGCGACGGUAAGGUUCACGGAGCUAAUUUCUUGGUGGCUAAACACACGCGCUGCCUUCUCUGUAGCGCGUGUCAGUCUCUCACGCCUUGGAAAGCCUCUGGUCUUCGUCUCCGCCCCACUGUUUCUAUCUGCGAGUCUUGUUGUUUGUCUCGCAAGAAGAAGAAGCGCUCCGUCGUCGCAGGGAACCAAGAAGAGAUCGUUGGUUGUUGCGACGAUGGUGGUGGUGCUGAGUCUUAUGAUGAAGAAAGCGAUGAGGAGGAAGAAGAAGAAGAAGAAGAAGAAGAAGAAGCGGAGAAUCAGGUUGUGCCGGCGACGGUAGCGCAAGAAGCUCCGGUGGUGAGUUCGUCGUCUUCGGUUAGUACCGGCGAAGUAGAUCUGGUGGUGAAAAGGACGCGACGUGAUCUAGAUCUGAACUGUUCUUACGAGGAGGAGAACGAGUCAAGACCAUUGAAAAGAUUAUCGAAAGACGAUGAUGAUGAAGAUGAAGCUUCGUCUAAAUCAACAACGGUUGUGAUGAUGAUGAACUCGGUUUUGAGAUUAGAGGGAGGGAAAAGGAACAAAUCGAACUGUUGAAUGAGAUGAUUAGUUUUUUUAUUAUUAUUAACCCCUCACCACCGUUCAUGUUACUAACAAUUACUUGUUUUAGUGAGUUGAGUUAGUAGUUUUUUAAAAAAUCAUUCGUUUUGAAGCUUGUUUUUUUUGGCUGUUAUUUUUAUUUGUUUUACGUUAUAAUAUAUAUUCGUAUGUGAAGUUUUAGAAUUACAAGAAUGAAAAAUUGUGAUUUGCGGGAUCA